AUGGUGUCGACGCGGUCGUUGACAUGGACAUGCCUUCUGGUGCAGCUGGUGAUGUCCAUCGCCUGUCUGGUCGCCUCGAUGGCCGUCAUCGCCGCCAAACUUCAGUCCGUAUCCAUUUACGAGGACAAACAGUUUGUCAGGUCUUCUACUGGUCUUCUACUGGCAGGAUUGGACAUGGGACUGCUUUCGUUUUUCCAUUAUCUAGUAGAUAACUUCGCCCUAACUCAUGCUCCGUCAGGUAGCAACGUUUCUUAG